AGUGUUCCUUCAACUUGUUACUUUUCGUAUUUAUUUUUCUCUCGUCAUGCUCACCAGCAUAAAAAAGUUGAAAGUAAACUACAAGCCUGUUAAUGAACGGAACAUUUUCACAAAUGGCGACUGCGUUUUGGGUCAAAUCAUAGUGGAAGUAGCGAAAGAGUGCCGUAUAGGCUCUCUGUCCAUUAAAUUUAAAGGAAAAGCCAGCGUGUUGUGGACUGAACAACACGGCAAAGUUACUGUUGUCUACCACUCCGAGGACAAGUACUUCAGCAAAAAAUGUUUCUUUAUUGGGGACCGCAGAAACACUGGUAAUUGCAGAGAAGCACUUCUGACAGAUGAAUGUGGUACAGCCUACAGCAGCACUGUUGGUCCAGGUUGCCAUGUCUACCCAUUCAAGUUUCACUUCCCUCAGGAGAGCAUUCCCUCCUCCUUUAAGGGUUCCUGUGGUAAAAUUGUUUACAAACUUGAAGCCAGUUUGAACAGGACAAUGCGGGUUGCGAAGAAAGAUUCCACAAAGAUAACAUUUGUGUCUACAGGAGACUUGAGCAGAAUCCCUGAGUUAAUGAUACCGCAACAUGAAUCCAAGGACAGGAAAAUGGUGUUCACUUCAGGAACAGUUAACAUGGAUGUGAAUAUAAAGAAAAUGGGUUAUGCCCAAGGCGAGUCACUGAAAGUGCUUUCUUAUAUUCAGAACAACUCAUCACGUGAAAUCAAGCCAAAGUACUGUGUGUACAGUAAGCACAGCUUCUUUGCCAUGGGAAGGAGAAGAGUCCAUACAAAAGACUUACUGAAAGAGGAGGGAGAGUCCAUCCGUCCUCACACUAGCAAAAAGGUGACACAGGUUAUCAACAUCCCCCAUGAUGCAGAACCAUCCAUCUUGAACUGUAGUAUCAUCAAAGCAGAGUACAGGCUCAAGGUUCAUCUGGAUGUUAAAUUUGCUUUGAACCCAGAGGUCAAACUACCAAUAGUUAUCUUACCUGCUUCUGGGGUUCCUGCUAAGAACCAACAGUCAGUAUCUUCUGGGUCUGAAUUUGCAUCAUUCAGGAACCCAAACCAGCCAACCAGAAGUGCAACAGCAACACGGUCAGCUGCACCCGAACUGGACGAUCUCCCACCUCCCUAUGAAGCGCAUGCUAUGUACCCUCACUAUGGUGAUUUUGCUACGACACUUUAUCGCUGGUCAAUAUGUGGAAAGAAGGAGAUGUUUAGGUUAGGAGACUGGGAUAGGCUUAGGAUGGUGCAGCGUGAGGUGAAGAGGAGCGCUAGGAGGGCCAGGAGAGUCUACAAAGAGAGACUUGAGAGGAAACUGCAGAACAACAACACACAGGAAGUGUGGAGGGGCAUGAGAGCCAUCACAGGCUACAAGGAGUGGGGGAGUGUGGCACACUCAGCACCUCCAUCUCUGCUGCUGGUGCCUCCUGCUGGAUUCCACCCAGCGGCUGUUCCACCUCUGCUCCUGCUGGUUCCUGCUGUGCCCCAUCCAGUGUCUGUUCCACCUGUACUCCUGCUGCUGACUCCCGCUGUGCUUCACCCGGCGGCUGUUUCACCUCUACUGCUGCUGGUUCCAGCUGUGCUCUACCCAGCGGCUGUUGCACCUCUGCUGCUGCUGGUUCCAGCUGUGCUCUACCCAGUGGCUGUUGCACCUCUGCUGCUGUGGGCUCCAGCUGUGUUCCACCCAGCAGCUGUUCCACCUCUGCUGCUGCUGGUUCCUGCUGUGCUCCACCUGGUGGCUGUUCCAUCUCUGCUGCUGCUGGUUCCGGCUGUACUCUACUCAGUGACUGUUGCACCUCUGCUACUGUUCCUGCCUCCUGCUGUGGUCCACCUAGUUACUGUUCCACCUCUGCUACUGUUCCUGGCUCCUGCCGUGGUCCACCCAGUGACUGUUCCACCUCUGCUGCUGUUCCUAGCUCCUGCUGUGCUCCACCCAGUGACUGUUCCACCUCUGCUGUUGUUGCUGGCUCCUGCUGUGCUCCACCUGGCAGCUGUUCCACCCCUGCUGCUGUUAAUGGGUCCAGCUGUGUUCCAUCCAGUGACUGUUCCACCUCUGUUGCUGCUGCUGGCUCCUGCUGUGCUCCACCUGGCGGCUGUUCGAUCUCUGCUGUUCCUGGCUCCUACUGUGAUCCACCCGGCAGCUGUUCCAUCUGCUCUGCUUCACCCAGCGGCUGUUCCACCUUUCCUGCUGCUUAAAAUGACGAUUCAGACUUUUGCAAUCCAGUACGACGCCAUUAACAAGCGAAACACCUUCACCAAUGGAGACAUCAUCAAAGGUAAAAUCAUUCUGGAGCUUUCAAAAGACACCUCAAUCCAGUCUAUAAUAUUCACAGGAAAAGGAAAAGCUUGGGUUUGGUGGAAAGAACAUCACGGCCCACACGAAGGUCGUCUGUUCCACGCUGAAGAGACAUAUUACAGCAUCAAACAGGACAUUUUGAAAGAAGGAAGACAAGAUGGCACAGAAGUUAUUCGUCAGGGACGACAUGUGUUUCCUUUUACCUUCAAAGUGCCUGACAGAAAGAUGCCGUCGACUUUCAGCGAUAACUACGGCAAAGUGAUCCACACACUAAAAGCUGAGCUUAAACGGUCGAUGAGGUUGACCGAAAAAACCACGGCCGAAUUUGUCUUCAUGGCCAAACCAGAUUGGAGUAUUCCAGGACUUCUGGCAGGUCAACAUGGGCAGACAACUAAAUCUGUGAAAGUCUUUGGUUCUGGAAAAAUUUUCAUGGAUGCUUACACUGACAAAAUGGGAUACCAGCAAGGUGAACAGAUCCACGUCACAGCCGAAAUCACCAACGAGUCUUCUCGUGCGAUCACGCCCAAGUUUGUAUUGUUUGAGAAACGCUCCUUCUAUGCAAAAUGUCACACGAAAGCGUACACAAACGAGCUCCUUAAAGAGAAGACAGAGGAAGUGCCUGUUUCUGGCAAGCACAUUGUGAAAAAGGUGAUCACUGUCCCCAAAGACCUGCCUCCAAGUGUCCUCCAAUGCUCCGUCCUCAAGCUGGAGUACAGGCUGAAGGUUUAUCUGGAUGUAAAAUACGCUACAGAUCCAGAGGUGACGUUCAUGAUAAUCAUCCUACCUGAAGUUCAGGUUCCUGCUGCAGCACAUCCACAGGCAUCUGCUGGCUAUGGAUUUGAAGCAUAUGGAAACCCAGACCAGUCAGCAUGGGCCCCUGGACCACAACAACCAGCAGGACCCUGGCCUAUGGCUCCACCACCUUAUUAUGGAGGACCUGGAAUGUACCCACCUGUGGACGACUAUGGCAGGAAGUCUUAGUGAUGUGUCAGGCACCAAGAUAAGAGAUCGCAACUGAGUAUAUUUAGCUGAUUUUAUCACAUAAAAAUUCCGUCUACACAGUA